AGAGAGAGAGAGAGAGAGAGUCUAGACCGGAAAUGGCUGACUUUUGGCGCAUGAGCAAACAGAUCCAGCUGCUCCAAGACUUUGUUAGCGACAAAAUUCACGAUCAAGCCGUGAAGUACAAGCUCAAAUACUUCGAUAGCCCACGAAACGCAGUUUGAGUUCGGAGUGAUGGAGUGUUGUCUGAAGUGAAGAUUGAAGACGUGAUAGAAGAUGGACGACUACUGCUAUGCUAAGAUGGCGACGUCAUGUCAAAGAGAAAGUGAAAGAGAAUCAGCGCCACCAACUUCCAGCAAAUCACCAACGGAAAUAAUGCUGAAAACUGAAGAUGAAGACGUCCAGCAGCUGAUUGGUCAUCCUGAAGAAAUUCCCCUUCGGCCACAGGUGGGGAGCUUUACUUUGAAGCAGGAAGCUUCGCAGCCCCCCCACAUUAAAGAUGAAGAGGAAGAAGUCUGCAUCACUCAGGAGGGAGAGUGUCUUCUAGGACGAGAGGAAACUGAUCCCACCAAGUUGCCACUGACUGUCGUCUCUGUGAAGACUGAAGAUGAUGAAGAGAAACCACAAGUAGACAACCUCUUAGCUCCACUAUCAGAUAGUGAGGCUGAAGACGAGGUUGAAGAACCUUUGAGCAGCGAUACAGACUGUGAAGGUGAUAUGAGGACUCACACUGACAACAAACAUGGCAACUGUUCUAAAAAGAAGACAUUUAAAAAUACUUGGAGCUGUUUAGUUUGUGGUACAAGAUGCACUACAAAGAGUUAUUUGACUGAACACAUGAGAACACACAGAGGAGAAAAGACAUUUAAUUGUUCAGUUUGUGAUAAAAACUUUUCUCACAAAAGCAGUUUGACUCAUCACAUGAGAACACACACAGGAGAAAAACCAUUUAGUUGUUCAGUUUGCGUCAAAAGCUUUUCUAAAAAUAGCAGUCUGACUCUACACAUGAGAACACACACGGGAGAAAAACUAUAUAUUUGUUCGGUUUGCGGUAAAAGCUUUUCUCAAAACAGCAGUUUGACUAAACACAUGAGAACACACACAGGAGAAAGACCAUUUGAUUGUUCAGCGUGCGGUAAAAACUUUUCUAAUAAGGGCGGUUUGACGCAACACAUAAGAACGCACACAGGGGAAAGACCAUUUGAUUGCUCAGUUUGCGCUAAAAACUUUUCUCACAGGAGCGGUUUGACUCAACACAUGAGAACACAUGCAGGAGAAAAACAUCGUGUUUGCUCAGUUUGCGGUAAAAGCUUUUCUCAAAAUAGUAGUUUGUUGAAACACAUGCGAACGCACACAGGAGAAAAACCGUUUGAUUGUUCAGUUUGCAGUAAAAGCUUUACUCAACAAUGCCAUUUGACUCAACACAUGAGAACACACACUGGAGAGAAACAGUUUAAUUGUUCAGUUUGCUUUAAAACCUUUUCUCAAAAAAGCAGUUUGACUCAGCACAUGAGAACACACACAGGGGAAAGACCAUUUGAAUGUUCAGCUUGUGGUAAAAGCUUUACGCAACAAUGCCAUUUGUCUCAACACAUGACCACUCACACCGGAUCUAAACAAUUUCAUUGUUCAGUUUGUGGGAAAAGCUUUUCUCGAAAGAGUAUUAACCAUGCGCAUGAGAACUUACACAGGAGAAAGACUAUUUAAUUGUUCUGUGUGUUGUAAAAGCUUUUUUUCCAUAUUGUAAUUAAUUUGAUUACUAACAUUUAAUGUUAUGACUUUGCCUGUCACUAAUUAUAUAUAAAAGGUUAUUGACACUUUUAAAUGUUUUUGAAGGAAUUAUUGGUGUAAUAGAUGAAUCCUCAUAUCCUAUAUUGUUACCUGCCUCUUAAAAGCAGUUUUUGACUAUUAGGAAUGCAAAGACAAGGGGAAGGCAUGUGUCCUUUUCUCACAUAAAGAUUGUGGAUGAUGGAACUUUUUUUUUUUUGUUCUUUACCAAAUGUUGGGCCACUGGUCAGAGUAUCAUAUUUUAAUGUAAAAUCAAAAUAAAACUGUACUACCAUA